UGGGGAACAGAGUCCUACAUCCUAAAUAAUUAAAGCACCAUCCGUCUUCAGCAAGAUGCCGGCUGUACACAAAUUAUUGCUGGAGGAAGCACUGCAGGAUAGUCCUCAGACACGCACAUUGCUCAGUGUGUUUGAAGAAGAUGCGAGCACUCUUACGGACUACAGCAACCAGCUCUUGCAGUCAAUGCAGCGAGUGUUUGGGGCACAGAAUGAGAUGGCCCUGGCUACCGAGCAGCUCUCCAAACAGCUACUUGACUAUGAGAAACAGAACUUUGCUCUCGGGAAGGGAGAUGAAGAGGUAAUCAGCACGCUUCAACAUUUCGCCAAAAUCAUGGAAGAGCUGAACUCUCUGCAUGUUGAUUUGGCCACCCAGAUGGCUGAUGGCAUGGUGUUUCCCAUGGUGCAGUUCAGGGAGAAGGACCUGACCGAAAUAAGCACGUUGAAAGAGAUAUUUGGAAUCGCCACCGACGAGCACGAGGCGGCCAUGAUCAAGUACAGCCGACUACCCAAGAGGAGGGAGAAUGAGAGACUGAAGGCGGAGCUGGUUGGUGAGGUGGCAUACAGUCGGAGGAAGCAGCAUCAGGCCUCCAUGCAGUAUUACUGUGCUCUUAAUGCCUUACAGUACAGGAAGAGAGUAGCCAUGCUGGAACCCAUGCUGGGAUACACACAAGCCCAGAUCAGCUUCUUUAAGAAAGGGAUAGAACUCGUCUCCAAGAAAAUGGACAGUUUCCUGGCGUCUGUGAGCAGUAUGACUAAGAGUGUUCAGGCGCAGUUGGAUGCCGAGGCAGAGAGCAUGCGAAUGUCUCAGAGAGAGCUGUUGUCAGUGGAUGAUGUCGUCUACAUGCCUGACCAAGAUCCAACACCGGUCAACCGCACACUCAUACAAAAAGCAGGCUACCUCAACAUUAGGAAUAAGACGGGCCUGGUGAGCACAGCCUGGGACCGGCUCUACUUCUUCACCCAGGGGGGGAACCUGAUGUGCCAGCCGCGUGGCGCUGUGGCAGGUGGCAUGGUGCUCGAUCUGGACAACAGCUCCGUCAUGGCCGUCGAAUGCGAGGACAGGCGCUACUGCUUUCAGAUCACGUCACCUAGUGGGAAAACGUCUAUGAUUCUUCAAGCUGAGAGCAAAAAGGAGUAUGAGGAGUGGAUCUGCACCAUUAACAACAUUUCUAGACAGAUCUACCUGACAGACAACCCUGAGGCUGUGGCCAUCAGGCUAAAUCAGACAGCCAUCCAGGCCGUCACUCCCAUCACCAGCUUUGAAAAGAGAGCAGAGGGCUCCCCGAACCCUGACAGGGCUAAGCCAGGUGCAGUGGUCACUGGCAGUGUUAAGAAAGCCCCUGCUGUCCCCGCGGUCCCUGAACCUGAAGACCUGAUUGCCCCUGGGACACCCAUCCAGUUUGAUAUUGUGCUUCCCGCAUCGGAGUUCCUGGACCAGAACAGAACAGGAGGGAGACGCACAAAUCCAUUUGGUGAGACCGAAAUGGACAGCUCUUCAAGUGCUGACGACUCCUUGCUACAGCAGGUAUUUGCUGUGCGUUUCCUGGGUUCCAUGGCAGUGCGCUCAGGCCACACACAGGAAGUUAUCUAUGAGGCCAUGAGGCAGGUGCUAGCUGCUCGGGCGAUACACAACAUAUUUAAAACCAGUGAAUCGCACUUGAUGGUAACAAGCAACAGCCUCCGGUUGAUUGACCCUCAAACACAGGUCACUAAAAUAAGUUUCCAGCUCAGGGACAUCACUCAGUUCGCAGCGCAUAAGGAGAACAGCCGGCUCAUGGGUUUCGUGGUGGAGGGGAGAGACUGGAGUGAGGGAGAGGAGGAGGGAGCAGUGUCCUUCAGUGCCUUUGUGUUCGAGAGCAACACUGAAGGAGAAAAGAUCUGCUACACAAUAAACAUUGGAAAGGAGAUUACAGAAGCCAAGAAGGACCCGGAUGCUCUGGCUGAGUUGAUGAAGUCUGUACCACUGACCAGUGACGGGAAGUUCCUCCUGCUGGAGAAUGAGACAGGAGAGGCAGCGAAUGGAGAAGGAGAGGAUGACUUGGAGUCUGAGGCCUGAAAGUUGUUUCGCCUUCUCAGAGGAGCAGAGCUGAUCCAGUGUUUGUUUUUGUCUCUUAUACCUUGAAUGAAGAUCUAUGGAGCUGAUCCUAGAUACACACUUUACAUACAAACUGAGUGUAGACUCUGUUAUGGUACGUUAUGGCUCUACUCUAAUACUCCAGACAUCUCGAUGCUAAAUACCAAGUAAUCCAAAUAAUCCACAAUCCGGGCUAAAGACGGAGGUUUACAUCCUAGCAGCUAGCAAUCCAGAGUAAUAUAGCUCUGCUAACUACUACACACCAGGUUUAGAUCACAAUCUGGCAAAUCAUUGUGUUCACAUUCACAUCCUUCUACUGAAUUAACAGCCGAUUUGAAGCAUGCAUGAUCAACGACACGACUCGUUUACUGUAAGCCACUAUAAAAAGGGCAAAGAAAGAGGAGGGUAUUUCAGAGUGCCGCAGCAAGAGCUUUCUCAUAUACUCAAAUACCAGACAGGUUCAGACUCCGACUUGCACUUUCUCCUGACCUCCUAGCUCAGUAUAUUCCUCUCUGCAUACUUCAGGAUGAAGGAGCCUAAUAUAAAGGCGUGCUGUUUUAUAUUACUGUCUUACUGAAUAUAGUAGCUUCUUUACAAAGGAUUUCUCUAAUAUCUGAUUUGCCCGUUUAUUGAGAUUUAUAGGUUUAUAGAUUAAAUACAUUAGUGGUGCAGAAAACAUAACAGCUGGAAAUAAUUUUGGUACAUUUAUAGCAGACAUUAAUAAUAAAUUAAAAAAAAAAAACGGAUAUUGAGCAAUCAUGGAUUUUCAGUGACUGCUUUUGCACCAGCCGUGGCCACUGUCUUGAAAAAUAGGUACCCUAUGGCUACAUGUGGCUGCUGCUUAUAAAUAAAAUUGUUUUCUGAUCCCAUGUCCAUACAGUAAAUAUGAUAUAUAUAUACUCUGAGGCAAUAGCCACAAAAAUGAAGUGUAAUCCAAAAAUGAACAAUUUAAAAAUCACAGAAGUAAAAUAUACCAAGUAUCUGUACAUUAUAUUAUUCUACUCUUACCUCUUAUAGUUUUCGAAACUGUACAGUUAUUGUACAGUUUCGAACCGAGGCUGACAUACACACGCUGUCGCCAUGACCCAAACUCUUAUUUCCUGGAAAAGGCCCGGUGCUAGAGCUCAGUGGUCUCAAUCCUCUUUUCGACAACUUCCCGUGACUACUCGGAAUUGCGUCACAUCGACAUCAUAUAAGCGUAAACAUGUCUGAAAGCGAUUUAUUUAGCCUAGUCCAUUUAUUUCGAAUGGUGAACUGAAUUGUGUACACUCACCGGCCAUUUUAAUAGGAAUACCUGUAUGCGCAGUGCGCUAUUGUUCCACUCAUUUUUACAACACAGCGACAUAGUGGCUACAGCCUCUGAGGCAGUAGCCACAAAAACCUGUUGCUCAUCUUGAAUUGUGAGGGAGAAGUUCCAAAUUUGAUUUCGCCAUGUAUUAAAAAUGUAGGCGGUACGGUGGUGUAGUGGUUAGCACUGUCGCCUCACAGCAAGAAGGUUCUGGGUUCGAGUCCAGUGGCCGACGAGGGCCUUUCUGUGUGGAGUUUGCAUGUUCUCCCCGUGUCCAUGUGGGUUUCCUUCUGCAGUCCAAAGAUAUGCAGGUUAGGUUAAUUGGUGGCUCUAAAUUGACCGUGUGUGUGAAUGGUUGUGUGUGUCAGCCCUGCGAUGACUGACUUGUCCGGGGUGUACCCUGCCUCUCAGACAUGGUUAGCUGGAAUAGGCUCCAGCUUGCCCCGCACGGGAUAAGCGGUUACAGAUAAAACAAACCAACAUUAAAAAUGUAUGAUUUGACACAGGUCAUUCAUAUCGGACUAGUCUAUGCAACUUCAUUGCAGUUACAGUUUUCAUACCACCGAUGGCUGCCAUCUUGAAUUUUCUAUGGUUCUCCAAGUGCCAAUUCCUAAGAACCGUGUCCUCAAUAUCAUGUUUUUAUUCCAUGGCUCAUUUGAAUACUUGAUUCUGAUUGCUCAAUUGUGACAUUCUAUGGUCUGUGAUUUCUUUAUGACAGACCGUUGCUAUGAAUCAUGUCAUUAACAGAUGCAAUGUAUGACUACUUCACACUGGGUUCUUGCACCACUCUGUCAGGGUUUGUUUCACAAUAAUGACUGCCAUGCUAUACAUUUAUUACUUCGAAUACUGAUAAGAAAAUUGAUCUGAAACGGUUGUCACUGGUGGCCAUUUUGAAAAAUGGCUGCCAUAUUGAAAAUUCCUGAUGACUCAAUAUCCAAAUUAGUUUGGAAUGUCUUUGGCAAUAAGUGUACCAAUUUAUAUGCUUUGAUCACAAAAUGCACGAUUGUUAGAGUAUUUUAUUUUUUUAAGCUAAGUACAUAACAGUAAUUGAAAGCCUGUGCUCAUGAGUUUAGAUGUACUGCUUAGCUACACACAUACACACAACUUUCCCCGCUUAAAGCACAGAACUUAACUGCACUUCCAAGAGCUGCGUCUGCUGCAUGUCGAGUUUUGGAUAAUUGCACUAGCCAUAGUACAUUUACAUGACCAUAAAAAAAGGGUAAUAGUACUGUAAUCCAGCUAAAUUCAACAGUUUAUCAAAUGCAAAUAUUCUCCCACAGUCAUGUGAUGACUGUGAAGGUGGUUCGGACCUCUGUGUGCUGAUUUACUUACUUAUGAAGAACGAGGCUAUUUCUCCAUAAACGUUUUCCUCAGGUCCUUUGACUUACAGAAAUACUUUUGACAUUCCUGUUACCAUUUAAGCUAAAAUUUCUCAUUUCGGCUCCAGUGCUCUGUUUACAGGAAGUGAUGUGCACUUUGAGGUUUAAACCAGUUUACAAAAAAUGAACACGAAGUGAGAGUUGGAAAAAUUCAUUGCUUAUAAUUAAUAUGAUCAUUCCUUUAGUAUAAUAUACUUUUUUUUUAACGUGGCUGUGUGAAAGCUCAAAUGAAAUGGAGACGAUGAUAAAAUCUUAUAUAAGCGUUGCAGUUUCUAAUGGUUCGUCAUGCAGGGGUAAUAGUUCUAUCAACUCGAUUCAAAACCACUUUAUUUCAAACGAACGCUUGUUUUAGUGGCUUAUAUUUCAGUUUCUUCCAAAAGGGCUUGCUUUCUUCAUAUUCCUUAUCCGCAUUGAAAGCGUGUGGGCAAAAUUUCAAAUUAUCAGCUGCAAUCUGAAUCGCAAAUUUGCUGCACUUUAGUAUUGUGUAUAUAAAAGUUAAAUAUACAUGUGGAAGCCCCCCUCCCCACACACAGUAAUUGUUGGUUUGCGUAUGAAUGCUGGCGCAUCUAUACUUUAACUGAUAGCAAGCUGUUAAGUGUAGGGUCAGCUUUUAGUUGUUUAUCAGCGGAGUCCAGAUGAGAACGAGACUGAAGACUCAAGCGCAUAUAAACAUCUCUUAACAGCUGCGUCAUCUGUGCAUCUGCUGCCAGAGUUUCAAAAGACAAAUAAAGGCAUUUGAUAACCUGUGUCGGAGCAGACUACUCCUAACUCCUGUUAUUGAUUGAGCUGCUGUCUAGAAGGCUUUGCACAUGGCUUUUCUUAAACAAAAUGGAAUAACUUUAAUAAAGCUCGAUGAGGAUUUCUAAGA